AUGAAAUAUUCCGAGUAUACGAAGCAUACGCUGUUAAAACAUGUUCCGUUCCAUAGGAGGGUACCGAAUACUACUUUUAUCGUGGAUUAUUAUAAGUUAUUGGUUUCAGACACAAGUCAUACGUUUCUUACUCAUUUUCAUGCAGAUCAUUAUUAUGGACUUAGAAAAUCUUUCAACAAGAACAUAUUUUGUUCUGUUACUACCGCUAACUUGGUCAAGCUGAACAUAAAAGUUGACGUGAAGUAUAUCAAAGAAAUGGCAAUGAAUAGAGUUUACCGAGUUGAUGAUGUUGAUGUGAUGUGUUUUGAGGCUAAUCACUGUCCCGGAGCGGUUGGUUUUAUUUUUUGCGUACAAAAUUUUUAUUAUCUGCACACCGGUGAUUUUAGAUUUAAUAUUGAUGUACACGGCAAUCUGCACAACCUAAUUAGUGUUAUGAGACCCAAUGAUGAUGCUAAAUGCUUUGACACGGUCUUCUACGACAACACAUACGAAAAUUACAUGCAUUUCGAUUCCCAGGAAGAAGUGAUUUGCAGCGUUAUAAGAGACAUUUUAGCACAAGCCACAUCUAAGAGUGUCUUGGCACCAGUACAGACAAAAUAUGUCUUUCCGUCGUAUUCAAUAGGGAAGGAGAAGUUGUUUCUGUGUGUGGCCUAUUAUUUCAACUGGGAGGUAAACGUGAACACAAAGAAGAAUGCAAAUAUGCAGUGUUACAGCGCAUAUACCAGAGAGCAGAUCAAUAAGUCUGUCAUGGACUGCUGCAAAAGAAUCAGAGAGAGGCUAGGGCAUUCGUCUAGAAUUUUUCCGGUGUUUACGAAGGCAUAUGUGCAGACAAUCAAAGAUCCAGAAACGGAGCCACUUCUGUGCGUUAAAACGAAUAUAAAUGAUGCUAUCAUGGAGGUGAUACCAUUUAAUUACGUAAAUCGUGUAAAACUUGGCAUCUUAUACAGCAAAACAAGGUUUAAAAAAGUAGUCGUUAUCUGUGGAACAGGAUGGAAAAAAGCAAAGAAAAGUUUCAAUUUGACCAGACAGAAUGGAACUGUAGUUAAGAAUGGAUUAGAAGUUCGUUACUAUCCUUAUUCGGAACAUAGCUCAAAUGCUGAGUUGCAAAAAUUCUGCGAAUCCGUAAGUUAUAAGACAAUUACGCCCACCGUGAAACGGUAAUUUGAGACGACAACAUCAAAUCGAAACUUCUUCGAAGAACUUUCAAAAUAUCUGAGAUCACCUAUUGACUAAUAAUUGUACAUGAUGAACGGCUAAACAUUGUCGUAUUUGUGUUUUUCUUCACGUGGCAAACUCUUAUGAUUUUGUACUUAACGCGUCAAGUUCUUAAUAAAAUAGAUGACCGAC